AUGAUUUAAUAAGCAAAUUUAAAGUUAAAAUGUUAAGUAGAUGAGCAUAAGGAAGAGAUUGAUUUUGUUUGUUAUGAUUAGUUUUGUACAGGAUUUCGAUUAUAAUGUUUUGAAUGUUUUAAAAAGGGAAUUCAUUAUAAUCAUAUUAAUGAUGUCAAAAAAGUAAACACUUUGAUUUAAUUCCUUGAAAAUAAUAAUAAAGAUUGCGAAAAUUUAAUUGAUGAUCUUAGUAAAUAUAUAGAAAAUGUAAAUUAAUCAUUUUCUUAAUUAAAAAGGGGAAUCAGAAAUAAAUAUUCAUUAUUAAAAGAAAGAUUAUUUAAUUUGGAUUCUUGUUAAAUUAAUGAUUAUUUGAAUUCAACUAUUUAAUUAAAUGAAUAUAAACAAUCUAUUUCCAAAAUUAUUGAAGAAUAAACUAAGAAAUUAACUCAUUCAUUUAAUAAUUUAUAUGAAUAAUUAUAAUUAU